CUUGCAGUCUGAUGAGAGUUUUGUUUGGUUAUGAGUGAACAAUUCAUCUGCAAUCAUGAAUUGGGGGCUACUGGCCCCAAUGCUUGGAUGAGCGCUCAUUUUAGAUGGUAUUGGCUGCUACUUCUUAUGUGUAUGAUCUCUGGUUCAUACGAUUCCUUAUGUCGCCUUGCUUUAGAUUUGUAUUGCGAUGCUUAAUUGAUUGGCUAGAUUAGAUGAUCGGGCUUCUGGAAGAUAAUGCCAUCAUUUGGUGUUCUUGAUGAUCGAUCUGUCUGUGAUAAUCUAUAAUGAUGAUGGUGCAGCGCAACCUUCUUGAUUGAUAUAUUGUGAUGUACUGCUGUUUGGCAUGCUUUCAAGGAAUGAAUGUAUCAUGAACUUGUAUGCUAUCUUAGCAAUUUGUCUUCUCAUUCUCUUGGUGAGAAUGGUAUUGAUUUGCUUAGAGCUAAUCUUAACAGUACUACAGAAAAGCAAUGAUAAAGCUUCUAGACUGUACAAGUGGUAAAGGUUAUCGCUAGAGAUCAACAUGUGUUUAUCUCAACGUCAUCACAAAUCACGGCACAUUAUCAGCAAGAGAGAGUUCACAUAUUACACAGCCUGCGAAUGACUAACUGUACUCGAUGGAAACAUUUUUUCUGACCUAUUUAUGUAAAACUUUUGUAAAUUUAGUAUAGGAAUACUGUGAUUUAUAUCAUGGGGCCUUUUCCUAGUGCUUAUACUGGAAAAUGUGGAGGGUUCAAAUAUAACCUAAAAUUUUCUUGUUUUCUCAGGAGAUCCUGCUCUGUCAGCUGACUCUGCUAUUUGUGUGCAGUUCAUAUGAUCAGACCAUGGCUUAUAGGAUUUCCUUUAUUAUACCAUUGUAGACUGAAUAAUAAACAUCAUCUUCUUCAAUGAGACCAUCAGGAAUUUAUCUAUUAUAAGUGAUGAUGUUGGACCAUGCAUCAUGUAGAUCACACUUCAAUGUUGUUUGUUUAGACCAACCUGAAGAAAGAACUAUCCCUCUGCCCAUCUGUUUAUUUCAGGAAUAAUAAAGGGAUGAUGUAUAUUAUGGACUUAUUGCUAAUGUUGUAUAAAACAUAUAUAGUUUCUAUGUGCAUGCACGUUUUGAUAUCCAUUUUUCUCCCGUCAAUGCAUGUCCACUGCUUAUUUCUUGUGUCGACUCUCAUGGAAAGAGAUUAUGCGAGUAUCAAGCAUUCUUCACAACCAUGGAUUUGGCGAUUUCGACAGGCAUCGGUAUAUUAGUCCUAGUCCGAUGUCCUCACCAAACCCCAGAUCUAACAUCCCCGGCAGCGAGUUCAGUCCUUGGAGUGGACUGCAAGAGCGAUUAGGUUUUCCUCAAGGAACCAGUAUGGACUGGCAAGGAGCACCACCGAGCCCUAGCUCUCAUGUUAUAAAGAAGAUUCUACGUCUGGAGGUCCCAGUUGAUUCCUAUCCGAAUUUCAAUUUUGUGGGCCGCAUUUUAGGACCUAGAGGUAACUCCCUAAAGCGUGUAGAAGCAUCCACUGGCUGUCGUGUUUUCAUUAGAGGAAAGGGUUCCAUCAAAGAUCCAGGGAAGGAGGACAAACUACGAGGAAAACCGGGCUAUGAGCACCUGAGUGAUCCAUUGCAUAUCUUGAUAGAGGCUGAGUUCCCUGCCAGUAUCAUCGAUGCAAGGUUGAUACAUGCACAGGAGAUUAUAGAAGAAUUGCUCAAACCAGUGGAUGAGUCACAGGAUUUCUACAAAAGGCAACAGCUCAGGGAGCUGGCAAUGCUGAACUCCACCCUGAGAGAGGACAGCCCUCAUCCUGGGAGCGUCUCUCCAUUCAGUAAUGGCGGUAUGAAACGCGCGAAAACAGGCCAGUAGAGAAGAAGCAACUGUGCCGUCCUACCUGGCGGUGUCCAGGUAUGCUAUGCCGUCAUGGGAACGCCGUGCCGUCGGGCAAUGUCCGCCAUGGACAUGUGUGAGGGAAGCAAUGUGCCUUCACUAACCGAGUCUAGCAUCGGCUAGCUUUCCCCCUUGAGACAGGAUGGAUUGCUGGGACGAUGAGAGUAGUCGUGGAUCGUUGGGUGGAUCCAUCCUGGCUGUUGUAUGGUCUUAGAACAUUCGUUUUAUUUGUUAUUGACGGUUAACCCUAGUGUGUGGUGGAAUGGUGGCGAUCUGCAUGAUAGAUUAGAGAGGCCUGAGUAUGUGAGCUUUAGGUGUUUUGUUAACCUUGUAUUACAUCCUUUUAACAUUAAGGAGUCGCAAAAAAUAAAAAAUAAAACAUCCAUUUGUACCU